AUGCAGAUCACCAAGAUUUCCCUUUUCCUGUUCGCUGCCAUGGGCGCGGUUGCUAGUCCCGUUGACGCCGAGUCCGGCCUCAAUGCUAGAGCCGAGAAUGCAGCCGACAUCAAGUACACAGGAAAAUGUUAUACAAAGGACAACGAGUGUAAAUACGAAGCUGACGGCAAGACACACCUUGUCAAGUGCCCUAGCGCCGCCAACACAAAGUGCGAGAAAAAUGGAAAUAAGUGCACGUAUGACUCCUACGACAGAAAGGUCAAGUGUGACUUCCGCCAUUGA